CACAACAAACUUGACCUUAGCGAUCUACUAUUACAAAUUGAAACUGGCUAAUUUAUCACGAGAUAUGUUGAACAAAGACAGGCGUAAAUCAAAAAUGAAUCAGCGAGCUAUCAUCGGUGAAUAAUACUUGAAAAUAGCUGUAGUUUUAUGGUGGAUUAAGAGUAUUAAAUAUAAAGGCGUGUUUUGCUCAGGAUAAAGAAUUUUUUUGACUUGAUUUUGUGGUCAUUUUAAUAUUUAUUAAAUAUUGGAGACGAUCAUGUCUACGUUGGCUUGUGUUCCAAAGUUUAAAACGAGCACGGAAGAUGAUCACGAAGAAACUGACAGAGUUAUAAAAUGUAAUGACACUAAUCAUACUGUUGAACAAGGUUAUGUGGAUAACUAUAUUUGUACUUCAAAAUACACUUUGAUAUCAUUUCUGCCAAAGAACUUAUUUGAGCAAUUUCAUCGUCUGGCUAAUAUCUAUUUUCUUUGUCAAAUAAUAAUAAUGUCCAUUCCAGAACUAACAGCAUUGAAACCUGAGUCAACAGCAGUACCCUUGUUCUUUGUCUUACUUGCAACUGCUGUGAAGGAUGGUUAUGAUGAUAUAAAACGUCACAUGAGUGACAAUGAGGUUAAUGGUCGCAAAACAAAUGUACUCCGUGAAGGUCAGUUGAGGGAGGAACAAUGGCUGUCUGUGCAAGUCGGUCAAGUACUGCGUUUAAACAACAAUGAUCAAGUACCUGCUGAUCUUUUAGUUUUGACCACAAGUGAGGACAGUGGUCUUUGUUAUAUCGAAACUGCUGAGUUAGAUGGGGAAACAAAUCUAAAAUGCAGACAACCUUUGGUUGAAACAGCUGAAAUGGGUGAUGACCAAAAGGAGUUGCAAGAAUUCAAUGGCGAGAUUAUUUGUGAAACACCAAACAACACUCUUGAUAAAUUCAGAGGUACCUUGUAUUGGGAGGGCGAAAAAUACAGCUUGGACAACGAAAAAAUUAUCCUACGUGGUUGCGUCCUACGAAAUACCCAGUGGAUAUAUGGUGUUGUAAUUUUUGCCGGAGCUGAUACGAAACUCAUGAUGAAUACAGGCCAAGCAAGGUUUAAAACGACAUCUUUGGAUCGUUUGCUCAACAAGCUUGUUGGAGGAAUCGCUGUGCUGCUUGCAACAAUAUGCGUCUUCUGUUCGAUUAUGUCCGCGUUUUGGGAAAGCGAAACUGGCCGGAAUUUUCAGAUAUAUUUGAAAUGGGAAUCCUUUUAUAAAGACUCGCCAGCUUUGAUCGGAGUAUUUCACUGGCCGGGAUAUAUUAUGGUGUUAAAUACGUUGAUACCCAUUUCUUUGUAUAUAAGUGUCGAAAUCAUUCGUUUGGGCCAAAGUUUAUUUAUUAAUUGGGACUCAGAGAUGUACUACAAACCCAAGUCUACACCAGCGAGAGCCAGAACCACGACUCUUACUGAAGAAUUAGGACAGAUCCAGUACAUAUUUUCGGAUAAAACUGGUACCCUCACUCAAAAUAUAAUGACAUUUAAACAAUGCUCCAUAGCUGGUACCUUAUAUGGUAAUUUGAAAGGUCCAGAAGUCAGUUUGCAAAGCGGCGCUUCCAUGAGAUCAAGAAAAUCUGUCGAUUUUUCUGGCAACCAACUUGCCGAUGACCAUUUUCAUUUCUACGAUCAAACGCUGGUGACUGAUAUUCAAGGCAACAGCAAGAAAACGCACGACUUUUUUCGACUCAUUGCGUUAUGUCAUUCGGUAAUCUCUGAAGAAGUUGACGGUGAUCUGGAAUAUCAAGCCCAGUCUCCCGACGAAGCUGCUCUUGUAACGGCUGCCCGAAAUUUUGGAUUUGUGUUCUUGAGAAGAUCUCCGACAACUGUGACCCUUGAAUGCUUAGGAAAAGAGGAAACGUGGGAAUUGCUGUGCAUUUUGGAUUUCGACAACGUGAGAAAGAGAAUGUCGGUGAUUGUGCGGCGUGAUAAUGAGAUAAAGUUGUACUGCAAAGGAGCAGAUACCAUUAUUUUCGAGAGGUUGGACCCGAGUUGCCAAGAACUCGUGGAGACAACAACGAAACAUCUGAAUACAUUUGCCAAGAGUGGUCUUCGCACAUUAGUUCUUGCCGAGAAGGAUAUUACCGAAGAAUAUUUCAAAGAUUGGAUGGGACGAUACCACGAAGCCAGUACGGCAGCGGAUGACCGGGAUGAAAAGAUUAACGAGACUUACGAGGAAAUUGAAACGAAUAUGAAGUUGAUAGGAGCGACAGCAAUUGAGGACAAACUUCAAGAUGGCGUCCCUGCUGCUAUCGCUAAUUUAGCAAAGGCGGACAUCAAAAUCUGGGUUUUAACCGGAGAUAAACAAGAAACGGCGAUCAACAUUGGCUACUCGUGUCAACUUUUGACAGAUGAAAUGGAGGAUCCGUUCAUCGUAGAUGGCGAGGACGAGAGUAGUGUUCGGGCCUCUAUACGGGAUUAUAUGAACAAAGUUCGUGGUUCGUCGAAAGCGAGUAGCUCCAUGGAGAACAGCAUCGCGAAUGACGAUGUUUCUGUGGGAAUAUUACCUUAUGCUAAUAAUGAUGCCUCGCUUAAUUCUGUUCUUGAUAAUAGCACGAGUAAAAGUGCGUCGAAUAGCUCGGAGUUUGCAUUGGUUAUCCGCGGUAAAAGUUUGGUGUUUGCCCUGGAUCCCUCGUUUGAAUUAGAAUUUUUAGAAUUAGCCACCCAUUGUAAGGCAGUCAUAUGUUGUCGAGUUACGCCGCUUCAGAAGGCACUAGUGGUGGAAUUAGUGAAACGAAACGUGAAGGCUGUCACGUUAGCCAUUGGAGAUGGCGCUAAUGACGUCAGCAUGAUAAAAUCGGCCCAUAUUGGUGUUGGUAUUAGUGGUCAAGAAGGAAUGCAAGCUGUUUUGGCGAGCGAUUAUUCCUUCGCACAGUUUAGGUUUCUUGAACGUUUGCUGUUAGUUCAUGGACGCUGGUCGUACAUGAGAAUGGCAAAAUUUUUAGGUUAUUUUUUCUACAAGAAUUUCGCUUUCACGCUUUGCCAGUUGUGGUUCGCCUUUUUUGUCGGCUUCUCGGCGCAGACUUUAUACGAUGCUUGGUUUAUAUCUUUCUAUAAUGUGUUCUUUACGUCAUUACCUGUUGUUAUCAUGGGCAUUUUUGAUCAGGAUGUUUCGGACAAAGUAUCUUUAAAAAAUCCCAAACUGUACGUACCUGGUCAGCAAAAUAUUCUCUUCAACAAGAAGAUAUUCCUCCUCAGUCUCCUGCGCGGCGCUGUCGUCUCUCUCGUGCUUUAUUUUGUCCCGUACGGUAUAUUCCAUGAUCACGUGAACAAUGAUGGCGAAGUGGAGUCGGGCCUGCAGUUCUUUGGCACAGUUGUAGCGGCGACACUCGUGAUCACAAUGAACCUCCAGGUGGCUCUAGAUAUGCAGUCCUGGACAGUCCUGAAUCAUAUAUCGGUUUGGGGAAGCAUUAUCGUUUAUUUUCUGUUCUACUUCGUCUUCUAUUCCGCGUUUGUUUUCGGCAUCGCGCCACAACAGUCGUACUACGGCGUACAAUACGCAGUUUAUAGCAGUGGAUCAUUUUGGCUUUGUGUCCUAUUGACACCUGCCAUCGCCAUUCUACCCGUUUUCGCAUACCGCUCGCUGGUUCUCGAACUUAAGCCGACGAUAUCCGACAGCGUACGGCGAAUGUGGAAAACGGGAAAAACUGUUAAUAAUCAGGUCAAAUUUCUUGGCAUGACUGCGAGGUCGAGCGGUAGAUCAGGCUCAAAGAGACUUGGGUACGCGUUCGCGCAGGAAGAGAGACUGAGUACUAAAAUUAAUGCUGGACGUCAAAAGCGGUUAAAAUUUAAAUCUAAAAGUAAACGGUAGUUGUAAAUAGUCCAUGUAUUUUCCGACGGCGUGAAUCAUCUAGAAGCGCCGGACCGUAUCGUUUCUCUUAUCCAUGAUUGUGUGAAAUCGUCUGAAAGGUGUAUCGCCGUGCCUUGGUGAUUGUGUUUAUUAUCGCAGUAGCCAAAACUCUCGAAUUGACACAUAUUGCACUAAUGCGGCUCCAUUCUUGCUCAAACUUCAACUUCAGUAAUUACCGAAUGAUUUUUCUAGGAAAAAAUAUAGCUUCUUAUAUUCACCAUAGUCAAUCAAAACCGUGUAACUAAGAUAUAUAAUAAUUGUAAUGCUUACAGUCAUAACAUACAUUGUAACAAGAAUACAUUUUUCUUUCUCUUGA